AUGGCAUUCAGAAGGCAAAUGAAAAACUUUGUGAAAAAUUACUCAGAUGCAGAAAUUAAAGUCAGGGAAGCAACUUCCAAUGACCCGUGGGGUCCCUCUAGUUCUCUGAUGUUGGAUAUCAGUGACUUGACUUUCAACACGAGUUCUCUCUCGGAGAUUAUGAAUAUGCUAUGGCAGAGACUUGGUGACCAUGGGAAAAACUGGCGCCAUGUGUACAAAUCCCUUACGCUAAUGGAUUAUCUCAUCAAGAAUGGAUCAAAGAGAGUUAUUCAGCAUUGCAGAGAGGGCUUCUGUAACCUUCAUACACUGAAAGAUUUUCAGCAUGUCGAUGAAGCUGGGAAAGACCAAGGUUAUUAUAUUCGGGAAAAGUCUAAGCAACUCAUGACAUUGCUGAUGGACGAGCAGCUGCUGCACAGAGAGAGGGAAGUGGCGAGUCGGACUCGACGGCGCACCUCCUACUCCAUGGCGUUUCCUAAAAAAUUACCUGGUGCAGGGAACUCACCAACAGCCUGCGCAUCUGCCCCCACGCCAGAAAUCCCUACCUCCCAGAAGAAACAAAAGAUAACAAGCCUGAGAAGUAAAAAGAACACUGCCAAGGCAGGACUGAAACAAGAGCAGCGCCAAGACCUUCGGCUGCUGGCUGGAGCCACCUUGUCCCAGGAGUCCCUGCCACUGGUGCCCCACACAUGGGAAUCAACAGAGGACCUGAUGCUAUUUCACGAGGAUGACCCCAAGCCGCUUGUGCCCGCGAUUCCUCCUUGCAGCGUCUCUUCAGAUGCAUGCUUCGCAGAAGGAGCCGCAGAAGUCCGUCAGGUCCAGGACGCAGGUGCCGUGCCUGCUCCCUUGGAGAAGAGCCCCUCCCCCCAGACAGCUGUGAGUCUGGACCAGAGUUCAGACAGUACCAUUACAAGUGCUGUGACCGAAGACCCCCUGCCCACACCUCCUGACAGCACAGCAGCUGCCGGAAGCUGUGAGACCCUGACGGCUCUGCCAACAUUCUGGUACUCAAGUAAAGAAGAGUUUAUCAGCCACAAUUUCAAGAUCUCCAAGUCAGACUCUACCUUCUAUAACCAAGCCUCUGUGGAGACACUGUACGUGUCUCCCUCAUUCAGAACAUUUAACCCAAUGAAGGAGAUCGUUAUCGACAAGGACCGCCCGAAACCACUGGAACCUGAGAGCAUCCCCAUGGCAGAUGAGAACCCGGCCUCCAUCACCAGGGUUCCAGCUACGUCCGAGGGCACAUCUUCCUUUUCCACUUUCUCUGAGUCGUCUCCGGAGCUGACCACCGCCGAGAGGUCAGUUCACCUCCUGCCCCCGCUCCUGGCCGACCGUGCCUCCUGGACUCUGUCCCAGCACAUGCCCACCUCUGCCACCUCCAGAGACGGCCACGCGCCCGCCGAGACUCCCGGGGAAAGCAGCAACCUCAGCGUGGUGGAAGUUCUCCCGCCCAGCCUUGCUUCUGCCAAAAAAGAGACGAGUCACAUUUCUAGCCAUAAUUGGGUGGAGUUUUCCACCCAAAAUGUAGACUGUUUCACUUCUCUGUCCUGUUCCAGCUUUCAGACAACGAGGAACUUGCCUGAGGAACCAGAAGCCAGUAAUUCCGUUCAGGUUCUCCUGGGGGAAGUCAGGAAUGCCAUAGGUAGGCUACACGAGGAUCUGAGCCUGGUGAUCCAGGAGCUUAAUGUCAUCAGUAGCCACCUGCUGAGCAUGAGCGAGCCCAGCCUGCCGCCCAGCACGGGCUCACAGGCUCCUCCGCCCUCGGAGGGCAGCUCCCAGCCUGACUAG